AUGACAACCUCUUCAUUGUUUCCCGACCGUUAUAAUUCAACAAACAACAACACAUUACCAGCAAAUGCAGCCAGUCAACAAGGAACAACCUACAUAAGAAACAGAUUCCAUAACGGACAACCCACUCGAUACGUAACCACUGAUACGUCUAAUAACAACCACAAUGAAGACAGCGAUACUGAAAUCGAUGUUGUCAAUAAUGAAGAUUACACAAACAAUGUGAACGGCGAAACCAACGGCAACGGAAACAACAAUGCCUAUGAAAAUAAUUACAACAGCAGAAAAAUAGUCAGCAACAACAACAUCAGCAUAAGACACCUAACCUCUCCAAUCACUCAUCCUGAAAACUCUUUAAUCCUCCCAGCAUUGAGAAACCAAUCAGGCCCUAGAAACAUGCUAGCAUCCACACCUUUACCACAUAAUAAUAAUAAUAAUAAUGUUAAGCACAUGCAUCAAAAAAGACGACACCAAUCUGGAUUCACAGCAUCCAGUUUAAUCGAAUCUUACUACUCUCGUUUAGGAAAUGAUUUGCAAAACCUUUCUGUUAAAAGCAGAAAAGUAAGUACUAAUGAUAUGAGUCUGCCUGUUGAACAGCCAGAGAGUACAUUAAUAUCGAUAUCAGAUCCUGUAGAUAAUAAUUACCCGGAAGAUUCAAAUUGCAUGUCUGAAUAUGAGGAUACAUAUGGAGAGGAACGCAGACCUGAACAGUCCAAUCAUUCUAGACAUUCUGCCUAUUUUAGUAAUCCUAUCCACACCACCCAGUCCAGGCGAUCUACCCAACCUGACUUUUACAACCAAACUAAUCAUGCACUUGAUACUCAGCGGGAUCAGAGCGUGGAAAAUGUGGUUUCAGGUCCUAUAAGAAGACCAGAGGUUUAUGGUAUUCGAUAUCCCUUACAACGGCAAGAGUUUGAGGCUCAGAACGGAAUCAACAGACAUCGCGCCAUGCAAGAAGCACACGAAGAGUGGGUAGAGAGACAGAAAUAUAGGAGGACAUACAACCUUGGAGGGUUUGGUAUGCCUAGAAUGCCACAAUACUCCCCAAAUCCACGCAUAGUACCUGGAAUGGCAGUGACAAGCAGUCAUCGCUUUCACACGUCGCGUCUAUUGACGCGUCCCCAACCGAUUCAGGUACCCGUUAAAAGACCGCAACAAUCGUCUCAGCCAUCCUCCACAUGGGUUGGACUUGAUGGCUACAGAAUGUUAAACCCCGAGGGCGCUUGGAACAACGACAAGUCAAAAGAUGACAGGUCUCAAAGGCAUGGAUUGGGUCUAACGGAAAACGGAAAUGAACAUGAACAUGAAUAUGAAUCCCAACAUGGUCACAAUCGCACUCCAAGUACAAUAUUGGGAAAGCGUGGGCCAGAAACUCGUUAUGGUGAAAAUCAAAAUGAAUUUGGGUACCCUGGUGAUCGCAAUACCCUCGCCGAAAGUGGUGAGAGAGAAGAGAAUGUCGGUUCUACUAGCUCCGAUGCUAGUAAUAACUGUGAUGGUACCGUUGCAGAUGGAAGGUGGCCAUCAAAUGUCAGAAACUGGCUUCAGAAAUGGAAAUUUAAUGACCCUGAGGUCUGUUGUGUAUGUUUUAUGGAGACAUGUAAUGAAGACAAUCCAUUUGUCUAUUGUGAUGAGCCAGAAUGUGAUGUAAUCAUUCAUCAAAAAUGUUAUGGAAUUGAUAAAUGCCCGGGUUCUGAAGACACAUGGAGAUGCGAUCGAUGCGAGUCUUUGAAAGUCAAUCGGUCAAAAAUGGUUAUUUGUGCGCUGUGCCCAACAUCCCAUGGUGCUUUCCGUAAACUUGAGGGUCCUUUCUUUGGGUUGGGGUGGGUCCACGUUGCCUGUGCCUUGUGGAUACCUGGUGUCUACAUUGCAGAUCCUGAUCAAAUCAAAGGAAUCAAUUUGCGUUCAAAAUGUGCCGUGUGCCCUGACCCUGUACAAGCAGAAUAUGGUGCAUGCGUGUCAUGUCAAGAGCCUGGGUGCGAUACUAUGUUUCAUGUCUCUUGCGGCCAAAAAUAUGGGCUGGUCCGAAUAACCGUGAGUGGCAAGAGAAGUAUUUGCUGCUACAAUCAUGAUAAACGAGAAAGAUUUAAACGCGCCCGACCAGAGCAACGCAUGAAUCUGUGGGACCGAUGGGUCGAAACUCGUGAUGAAUAUCUCGAGAGCGCAGAUGGAGAGACUGGUGCAAAGAAGGAAUUUUUGUCUGCUUGGCAUAAAGCAUACAAAGAUAUUUCUCAUGACAACAUAGAAUCCAGCUCAGAAGCAUUUUCUAAAUUCUGUGACAAUAUCAACACAAUAUGUAAUACAAGAUACAAGGAAGCAAAGGCUAUAAUUACGGAAGGAAAAGCACGCCUAGCCAAAUUGUAUGAAAAUAUUCAAAGGCACAGCAGUUCAAGAGACCAAACUGCCCUUCAGAUAGAAUUAAAGGCUGUUAUGACACGUAUACAACGUGCGAGUGAAUCUAAUAGACGGAACAAGCGGUACUAUGACGAUAUCCUGGAGCAAGCUACACGACUCUCAUUCCAACUUGUCCUGAAAAACAAUGACAAGAGCAAGCCGGUUUCUGUGCAGCCACUUGUACAAAACCCUGUAAAUUCUCCGAGUAGCGUACAAUUAAACUUUGUUGCAGAAGUCUUUUCACCAGACUUAUCGGCAAAUAAAGCACAGAAGGCUGUACCUCGUAAUCCUAAAAAGAAAGAUUCUUCUAGACUCAAUAAGGCCUUAGUUGCAUCAACUUUGGUAGGAUCUGAUUCGAUCUUCAAUUGGGUAGAUGCUUCGCCUGAUCUUGAAAGUAAGAAGAAGUCUGGAACCCAAACAAAGCCUCCUAAACCCACAGUUACCGGCAACAAAAAACUCACUGGAAAGAAAGCUUUGAAUGUCAUUACUGCGGAUCCUCAAGUUAAACGAAGAUCAAAAACAAAAUCUACAAAAGGCCCAAAGCCUCCAAAAACACCGAAGCAGGCUAUCUCAAAGCAAACAGUUAACGCCAACCAGAAAAAAAAGGCAGAAAAGCCAUCAAAGGCUGCUGAAAGGUCAUUCAAGACUCCAGAGGAACUCGAUAAUUGUAUCUGUGGUGAAUGUAAUCAGCACGACUUGCCUCAGGAAGCUCUCGAUAGACUAAAACUUCCAGAGGAUUACAUGAAACGUCUGGAAGAAACUGUCCAUUUGCGACUUAAUGGAUACACUGGCAAAGGACUCAACUGGGAUCCACGUGUAUUUAUUGAAUGUAGUGCCUGUAAAGGCGAGUUCCACUGUGGUUGCCCCAAUCCUCCGAUCAAAAACUACCCUGCACCGCACGAAAUAUUCGUGUGUGUUCAUUGUGACACUACAGCAGAAGAUUUGGAAGAAAGCGAAGCCCAAAGAGAUUUACGUGAUAGUGCGAACCGUACUAGAGUUAAGGCUCGUAUAAACUACAAAGAAUGAACAAAGAGAAGAAGAAGAAAAGAGAAACUUUAUAUUUCGCUUCUUCUUGUCAUCUUGCUUUUCUUUUAUUUUUAUUUUUUUAAAAAGAAAAAAGAGAUGCUUAAUUAUACAACUUGACAAAAGCAUAUCACAUAUUCAUAUAAUACUUCUUAUUAUUCUCUCCUUCUUUCUACAUUUUUGUUUCAAGAAUUUUGAUAAAAAGAAUUACAUAUAAACAUAUUCAUAAACCUAUC